AUGUGGAAUGCCUUAGUUACCAUCAGACAAACUACAUGUUUCCUAUUUCAGGCUGGGAUUCGUAUCGUGGUAUCGGUAGGCACAUUGGUGAUUCUGGCUCUCGUAGCUGCUCUAUAUCUCAAAUUCCGGAAGGCACUCUUUGUUCUGCUUAUCCCAACUGCCGUCACGGUGCUGACGGUAGUAGCGAUAAUCACUAGAAGACAUCGCUUCGUAUGGCCGAUUAUCGCCACUUCGGUAAUGCUGACGGUGGUAGCGAUAAUCACUAGAAGACAUCGCUUCGUAUGGCCGAUUAUCGCCACUUCGAUGUUCCACAUAGUACUCGCCUGUUACGCAUUGCUGAUCUUCUCCUUCUACUUUUUCUUCAAACCAUUCUACAUCAUUAUGGUGUUGAACUGGGUCUUCGACAGUGGGUUUUCUUUUUUUAAUUCAUUUUUAAAUCAUCUGAACUUUUUGCAAUAUUCUUUUCUGCUCAAUCUACUUCUUACUGGAAAGUAA